UUCUCCAGCCAGAAUUAGUUUUAGUCAAAAACUUCAAAACGCGUGUGCAUGUAGUGGAAUUUUCCAAUUUGUUUUUAGUGUUUAAUUUGUUGUCCACGUGUCAUACUAAUGCCGAUAUCGUACAUGCCUUGCAGCAAAGUCCUUGAGUGAAAACGGAAGGCAGAAUUCAUAAAACACUCAUGACAAAACGUUGGGGGCCCUGAAUUUUUAGCCUCUUUCUAUUUGGGGGCUUCCGUGGAAUGCUUCAAAAUACGGCUGGGUACAACCAUUUUGCUCUGUCAAGUCCUCCCAUUCCAUCUGAAAAUCCCAUGGUAAUUUGUUGAAAGAAGAGCGAAUAAUUUCUUGGGUUUUUAUAUGAGGUUUGCCUGAGUUUAAUUCUAAUAUAAUGAAGGCCUCAAGUUUGUGUGGCUAGUUAUACAUUCUCAUUGAUUCAAAGCUCCAGUGAUUGCUAUGGUGUCACGUUUCAUGGUCCAAAGUUACGAUCAAAUUGCUCAAAUCAGUUUGUGUCAGCAUUUAAAAGCUAAUUGUGACCGUUUUAAUUUGCACCAUAAAUCUAGAAGGAAAGCUUUCACUUCCAGUAAUUACUCCCCAUUAUUUGUCAUGAUGUUGAGAACAAAUCGACAGAAACUCAACCUUUUCCCCUUGGGGUUGGAGCGAUCUUACCAUUAAAACAAGCAAGACAAUACAAAUAACCCAUUUGAAAAUUUACGAUUUCACUUAAUCUGUCAAGCUUAUUAGAGAGAGAGAAAGAGAGGGAGAGAGACUCUCGCUAAUGUAGAAUUUUACAAAGCAAAAGCUGAUGUUUUUUACAUUGACCACCCACCUAAUAUGCAGACGUUUUCGAACCCAACGUUUCACUAAAGAAUUUUACGUAGCUUUCAGAGUGUAAAUAACUGAUAUCAUCACUUAGAUUUGGUCAGUUAAUUAUGUGGGAAAUUGGAAAUAUAGAUCUUAUUAUUUUCUAUAUAGCCGGCCUUUUCUCUAUUAUAUAAUUGUCUUAGACGCUGAAUGCUUGAGGACUUUGUAAACAGAGAACCACCAAAGUUUUCGGAGAUGGCUAAACGUUUCAAGUUCAAAUUUUCUCGUGUUAUACCCUCUUUUCAACUGUGUCGAUCGAAGAAAGCUUUCAAUUUGCCGGAGAAUCCAGGCCCGCUAAUUCACCGGUUAUCUCCGGUGAAUCCUAAAGCAUUAGAUAUUAGCUAUCCGAACUUUCCUGGCCCGCCUCCGUCGACACCAGACGACUCUUUUAUCAAACGCCAUCUGUCACCAAAGAUAGCAUCAGUCAACUGCGGCUGCCGAGGAAGAGCAUUGACUCAGUACUUUUCUCCGGACGUUAGUUUUGAGUCACCUGACAACUCGUGGAAGAAAGAAGCAACUCGGUUGCAUAUAGUGACAAAAGCCCACAAUUCCAAGCUUCAAAGGAAGACAAAUGAAGAAUCAUUUUCUGAUGAGAGUAAUGGAGAUAUAGUACCGGUUUUAGUGAGCAAAUCCGAGGUCAAAAAGAAGGAAAAGAUCAAGAUGGAGAAAGUGAAGGCAAUUGCAAGUGUUUCAUCACGUGACAGUGGAUGUUUCAGUAGCGAAGGAGCAGCCGAAAAUGAAGAGACUGAGACCCUAAUCUCUACUUCAAGAAGCUUCUCGGAUGAUUCAUCCUUUGAGUUGGAUCAAUCACUGGCUGAGGACUCCCACAUGGAAACCAAAAAGAACAAGAAAAAAGUAAAUAACACAAAGAAAAUGAAGAGACUGAGAAGCUUUGGGUCAAGGAAACACAGAGGAUCAUCAAAACCAAACGUUUCAAAGUCAAAGACAGGAGAUGUGCCCUUGGAAAAUGAAACUCCAGGGAGAGGUUCAAUGUUGCGGCGGAUGAUGACACCGCCGAGCACGGCGGAAGGAAAGGUGAGGGGGAGCGUUGCGGUUGUGAAGAAAUCGGAGGAUCCUUAUGAGGACUUUAAGAGUUCGAUGUUGGAAAUGAUAUUGGAGAAGCAGAUGUUUGAGCCAAAGGAUUUAGAGCAGCUGUUGCAGUGUUUUCUUUCUUUGAAUUCAAGGCAAUACCAUGGAAUUAUUGUGGAGGCCUUCACCGAAAUUUGGGAAGCCUUGUUCUGUGAUUACCCCAUGAAUGUCCUAUGAUCAGUAAUUAAACAAUUAAUUAAUAAUAUAUGAUGUAAUUCUUUAUUCAUGGAUUGUUGAAAAUCUGAAAUAAAAAGGUAUUAAAUUAUGUUUUAAAUGAGAUGUUCGAUAUUUUCCAUAAAAAAAUAUUGAGUUAUUUUGAUGAAAAAAAUAAACAAGUCCUGCUUUUUAGACCUUUGAGGUUCAUUAGGUUACCUUUAAAAUUGAGUCAAGUCAGCUGAAAAUAAACCAUCCAGCCUGCCCUCCAUGCAUGGAAAAGAAGUUUGAAGGAAAUAAUUUCCAAUUUAAUUGCUUUUGCAUCGAAUUAUCCCAUCAUUUUCAAGCAUUUAAGGUAUUUGUUUUGAACUGAAAGGAAAUGAAUGAACGAAUUUUGAUCACUUUACAUAAAUAUUUAUAUACAUACACACAUUUCUUAAUGGGCAAGAAAUCCAA